AUGGCGCCGACAAAACCCUCCACCAAAGGCAAAAGCGCCAAAGGCGGAAAACCCGGCAAAUCCUCCUCCAAAUCCGCGAAACCAAAGCCUACCGGCAAGGCACCAGAGGGCAUAUCGAAGCGCAAGCAGAAGUCCAUGUCACUUGCAAAGCCCGGAGGUGCGCAAAAGACAAAGUCGAAAGUGUCCAAAGACGGCAGGAAGAAGAAGCGGGUGUACACCGAGAAGGAAUUGGACAUACCGCUUCUCAACGGCAUCAUACCCGCCGGCAUAGCGAAACCAAAGGGUGAGAAGAAGGGCAAGAAAUUCGUGGAUGAUCCAGCGAGUAUGAUGGCGAUUAUGGCCGUCGUUCACGCAGACAAGGAGGGCAGGCUUGAGAGCAAGAUUGCGAAAGCGAGGCAGCUCGAGGAGAUAAGAGAGGCGAAGAGGAAAGAGGCCGAGGUGCGGUCGGACGACAAGAAGGCGAAGUUCGAGGAGAGGAAACAAGACCUGAAGAAGAAGCGGAGAAGGCAUUCUGAUCCCUCCAAGGGCGAGGAAGCAGAGCACGAGCACUCAGACAAGAAGGGCAAAUUCAAGCCGAGAAAACGGGUUUCGUUUGGUUGA